AAAUCGACAACAAGCAACGACUGUACGUGGCACUAUAAAUAACCCCAAGCUAGAGUUUAACAAGCUGCGUGUACGGUACGUAUAUGGCGCGCCAUAUACGUACCGCCGGUAUAUGCAUUCAUGCAGCUUGCAGUAGCUAAACAGCGCGCGCAGCCCAACCUUUCCCGCGAGAUUUGCUGGCGCUACAGUAUCUAUAAAACAUGAUUUAAAUUUCCGAGUGAGGUCGAGCACGUGCAUAUGGCAUACACCGUAUGCAUGCUGUCGUGUCGCAUGCUGUGUUGCAGUCGGCUAAAAUAGAUGCAUUGACUACCGGCUAGAAUAGAUGCAUUGAUGUUUUCUAGAACUUGUUCUACAUCGUGUACUCCCAGUUCAGUUGUACAGGCUGUGUUCUAAUUGAAAUUUAUCAAGCCUUGCUACAGCUACACAUACCUUACUCCUUAGUUUAAUUUAUCCUUGGCUACCUGACCAUUUGCAGAAUGUUUUGGGGACUGACAAUAGAGCCAGGGAAGCACUAUUCCCAGACUGUGGAUCAGUCUUUUCAUGUUUCCAUGGCAGCACUUGAUACGAGGGAGAAGUCAGGUACAACGCAGCUGUUAGUGCGCCAUGAGAAAGCAGAGUUUCUUCUUUGUACUCUACAAUACGGUGAAGAUAUACCGUAUCCAUACCUUCAACAAACUCUCAAUCUCACCUUGUCUGAGGGAUCGGAAAUCAGCUUCUACUCAGAGGGCAAAGGAACUAUUCAUCUGACGGGUUACCUUGUAACCGAUGAACCAAUCUUGGAGGAUCCUGGUCUGAUAGCAGAAGCUCGUAAUCUCCUAGUUGGAUCUGAUGAGGAAGAGGACUACGAUAGCGACGACGAUGAUGAUGAUGAUGAGGAGGAGGAGUAUUCUGAUUCAGACAUGGAAAGCACUUCAUCGCAAGAUGUCUCGUGUAACUGGCAGGAUCUAAUCAAUGAGUUUGAGGGGGAGGAUGAUGAUGACAGUGAAGAAGAAGAAUGGACUCCAGAAUCAGCAAAGAAAAGCGCAAAGAAAGCAGUGAAAGAGAAGAAAAGAAAAUCUCAAGAUGAUUCUAUAUCUGAUGAUAUGACUCUUUCAGCUUACAAGAAAAAGAGAAAGGCGGCUGUACAGGCAGAAACAUUGUCCAAAAUGGAAAUAGCUGCUGACGAAGGUGGUGAUGAAGAGGAUGACGAUGAGGAGGAGGAGGAUGGAGAUUUCAAUCCAGUCCUUGAUAUGGAAGCCGAAGAGAGUGAUGAUGAAGAUGAUGAUGAGGAAGAGGAUGAUGAGGAGGAUUUUGAAGAGGAGGAAGAAGAGGAGAAGUCCAAACCUUCUCCAAAAAAGAAAGUUCAAACUCCAAAAGGCAAAGAAGGGAAAUCACCUACAGCAAGCCCUCAAAAGGCUCCCCAAAAGAUAGAGGAGGCAGAACCAGAAUCUGAAGGAAAGACUGAAUCCCCUCUCAAAAAGAAAAAGAAGAAUAAGAAGAAACAGCAGCAGCAGGAAGUAAAGGAAGAAGAGAGCAAGGAAGAAGUAGAUCUACCUCUGAAGAAUCUAAAAACCAAUAAUAAAGAGAAUAUUGAAGUUCAAAAGAAGGAAAAAUCUGCCAAGAAGGAACAAACACCAGCUAAACAAAAAAUUCAGAAAAUAAAGUUACAAUCAGGAACAACGAUUGAAGACCUGAAAACCGGAGAGGGGAAGUUGGCCAAACCAGGCAAGAAGGUGUUCAUGUACUAUCGUGGAGUAUUAGCUAGCAACCAGAAAGAGUUUGAUUCCCAGCUAUCAGGGAAACCAUUCAUGUUUGGUCUUGGUAAAGGUGAAGUCAUCAAAGGAUGGGAUGCUGGUAUAAUAGGAAUGAAAGUAGGGGGCAAGCGUCGGUUGACAGUUCCACCAUCACAAGCGUAUGGAUCACAGAGAAUUGGCCCCAUCCCGCCAAAUAGCACCCUCGUCUUUGAUGUUGAGCUCAAAGCAGUCAGGUAACUCACCAAGAGAGACAUUGCUGAAUCAAUAAUGUGGGCCAUUUCAGCAAGAAGAGGGUUAAGAAGAGUAGGACUACUGUGAGAGGAAUGGAUUACUUGCUGAAGCUGUAGGACAAGUCAAAGAUCUUGGACAACUCAUUCGUUAGUCCUCCUACUUGGACAGUUUGACUGACAACUUAGGCAUUGGAAAUAUUUCUAUACAGUGCCCAGUGAAAGACACAAGUCAGCUAUCAAGGACAACUUGGUUGAAAAGUGAACAGUUCAUCUGGGGCUUUCCCAAUGCGAAGGACAGGAAAUUAGGUGUGAACAACGAAAGGACAAGUCGAUUUAUCUUGGAUAUCUAUUCCAGUAUUGAAUACCUGCUCAAUAUGACACAGAUUUCAGCGUCGGUAAGAGGCCAACGUAUCAGGGACGUGACAAAUGUUACGGAGUGUUAUGCAAUGUCCCUGAGAAGCAGGAUACAAGUACCUGUUGAUACUAUGGCACUAUUCAACCCAGAACAAUAGACUAAGUGUACUUAUAAUCUCGUCAUAUUUGGCUUCUUUAGAGUGAGUGUUUUAAACAAAUGCUAAUCAUGUAAAUAAGAGAAAACACAUUCCCCAAUAAGUCAAUUUAUCUAUUUUUCUUCUUCAAAAAUGCAAUCUUCACUGAAGCUUUCCAGCGAAUUUGCUGAGAAUGGGAUUGUCAGUUGAGAAUGUUAAAGUCAGUUGUUUGCAGCACACAAUACUCAAGAAAUGGCAGGCUUGAUCAUUUUAAAUCUUACAAUUUCAACUGAAUAAAAAAAAAAUGACUCUGUUUGGACCUGCAAAGGUUUUCCACACUAAUGAGAUUUCUAAUUAAAUAUGGUAGGUGGACCAGUCAAAAAGUAAACAUUAUAUUAUAAGAUAUUGUUUGCAUUGAAGGGUAAUCUGUAACUGCACAAGUUUAACAAGCAGCAGGUGUAUUUACACUUUGGAAGGCAUUCUUAGCAAAAUAAAAACAAAACUUCAAUAAGGAUGAUAUUUCGAAGAGAAAAAUUAUUGUACAGAAGUUUACCUUAAAUAUUAUUUUUCGAUUACACACUCAUUACAAAUAAUGAAUUUUCUUGAUUUCCAUGAGGAAAUACGCAUUUGAAUCUUCUGAAAUCUUGAAUGUUUUGAACUGUUGUUAUCAUGUCAUGUGUCAUUGUCCAUAAUAGAAGUACAUGUAGUACAAUUUUACUCAAUUUUGAUAUUGGGCUUUUGUUAAGAGUUGGAUGAGGUAUGCUGAUUACAGGAUUCAUUCAACUUUCUUAGGAUUAUUUAUGCCGAGUAUCAAAUUAUUCAAACAUUGGAUCAUCUUGUGGGUGUUACAUAAAGUGGUUUGUAAAAUCAUGCAUUACUGAACAUGUUCGGAAAUGAUUAGUCAGUUACAUAGGAAAAAAACCACAAGAAGGCAUAACCAGUCGUGCAUAGGGUCAAUUGUAACAUACUAACAGCUUUUAACAUCAGUCAGCAUCAUAGUAAAUACACAGAGGAGUUUUAUUUUGAUGGAAAAAAAAUUUGAAGAAAAAUCACUCAUUAUUUUUAGUGUCCAGAUAAUCUAACUGCAUCAUAUCAAAGGAAAGACUACCCCAUGGAUACAGUGUUAUAGUAGCCAUACCUUUUCAUUCUCUGCAUCUAGGGGUAACUUGUGUCAAGGUGAUAGGUUUGUAGCCCGGCACUGAUAUGGUAACUACUGUUGUAUUGUUGAUUUUGACUGGAUGCUGCAUCAAUUGAUUACCUCGACACCAACCAUUGAUGGCCGAGUUACUAUUUAUGGUACAUUUCAUGCAAAGUUCUCACGAUCCUUUGAAAUCAAAAUUACCUUUAUAGGAUCCCCUUAAACACUUGUCAAGAUUCAAGAACCAUAAACUUGAUCAUUGUAAAAUGAUUGUUUGAAGAAUGUUACCAAGUUACACAUAUUUUAUGACAAUCGGUGAUGAUAUUACAUGUUAGUUGGGUGUUGAAUGCGAGUUAGGCUGCCUAAUCUAGCAUCAUCACUGAAUGGAGGUUUACAAACAUACCAAUUAGUUUAUUCAUAGCAAAUUAUAAUUAAUUUGAUCUCGAUGUAGUUGAUGUUUUAGUCACAACACAUUAAGCACAGCUAUCAUAUUUUGUUAUUGUUUCUGUACUAUCAGUUCUCAUUUUAGAAAGUGUUAUUUUGUAUGACUACAUGUAUCUGGCCUGUAAAAUGUAUACUACCUGGAAUGUACAUCAUGUAGUGUUAUGUUUGUUAUUAUUUUGUAAGAAAUAUAAGAGGAAGUGACAGGAAAAAUAAAAGGAGAGAAAAAAGUUAA